AUGGAUCUUGAGCUGCCAGAGAUCCCACCGAAGCUGGUGAAUGCCUUCGUGGACGAAGACGGUGAUGUCCGGGUGAAGGAGGACAGCCUCCGAGACGUGCUCAGUCGCUUCCGCAGCUUCUCAGCGGAGGCGGCGUCGAAGGUGCUGGACACGCUUCGGCUGGAGUUCCUGGAGGAGAUCCGGACGCUGCGGAACGCCAGCGAGCUUGCGCGCGGGGACCUCAAGCAGGAGAGCUGGAGGAGGAACUCGCCAGCAAGAACGCCGUCGCGAACCUGGAGGACUCCGUGCGGAAGAACGCGGUGGAGCUGGAGGUGCACCAAAGCCGGCUGA